UCCAAGAUUAAGAAAGGUGAAAAAUAUAUGGCAUGAAGAGCGAUGUAACUAAGGGCUUCUGUUUGUUUUUUAAGAUGCAUGCUAACUCUUAGCUGCUAUUUGUACUAAACAGCUUUUCCCUCGUCCCCCCAUCACACCCCACCCCCCUCCUUGGUGCCAGUCCCAACAGAUUCAACUCCAGACUCUGCAGCCCGGUCUCCCCAGACCCAAACCCAGACCCAGACCCCCACAGAUGACGCAGCCCUGGAAACUGAAGAAGGAGGAGAGCUGGUCACAGAACAGGAGGACGAGGCAGACGAUCCAACAGCCUCACAUAUCUCCUCUCUGAUCGCAUCUCUUAUGACGAGCAACACCACUCCUCUCGUCACAGAACGUCUGAAAAACACCUCUGCAGGUAACAGCACUCAUACUGGAUGGGAGGAGGGACUGCAGCAGCUGGUGCUGAAGCAGGAGUUACGGCACCAGGUGCUGGCCAACAUCUGCUCCAAAUACCAGCUGGGCUCCUGGGACCAGGUUGUCUCCAAAACACACAUGUCUAUGAUCCAUGUGGAGGACAAGUCCAGGCUGCUGUACUGUGAGGUUCCCAAAGUCGGCUGCUCCAACUGGAAGCGGGUGCUGAUGGUUCUGGCAGGCCGAGCCACCUCUGUACUCAACAUCCCUCAUGUGACGGCACACUUCAAAAACAAACUGCGGAAACUGGAGGAAUACGGCCCAAAGGGCAUCAACCAGAGGCUGAACACCUACACCAAGGUGCUGUUUGUUAGGGAUCCUUUUGAGCGUUUGGUGUCAGCAUAUCGAGACAAGUUUGAGAAUAAAAACGAUUACUACCAUUCUCUGUUUGGACGGCCCAUCAUCUCCAGGUACCGCGCCAACCCGUCACAAGAAGCCCUGCGCACCGGUGAUGGUGUCACCUUCAGGGAGUUUGUGCACUACCUGCUGGACCCGCAACGUCCAGUGGGGAAUGACAUCCACUGGGCAAAGAUGAGCACUCUGUGUCCACCUUGUGUGAUCCAGUAUGACUUCAUCGGCAAGUUUGAGAACAUGAACAGUGAAGCCAACUUCCUGCUGCGGAGCAUCGGAGCACCACAGAACCUCAGCUACCCCGACUAUAAGGACAGAAACCCUGAGGACGAGAGGACGCACUCCUCCAUCAUGAAGAAAUAUUUCUCCCAGCUGAACGCCACUGAGAGGCAGGGAGUCUACGACUUCUACCGCAUCGACUACGAGAUGUUUGACUUCCCCAAACCCCUCCAAGACCUGCACUAAGAACAAUGCUCUGAAGCCAUGUUGAACCUGGACCUCUUAAACAGCUGGACUCCUGGGAGCUCUCUAUUUACCCAUAAUGCAGCUGGUGUGACAGGAACAUGGCAUCCUGUUUGGUUUUAUUCUGAACAUACCUGACACCCCCCUGUGGACGUAAAGAUGUACUACAGUGUGUAUUUUCUUUGUCUUUUAAAGCCAUGAGGAGUGGAGCUGUUGGGUCUCUGACUCAAGGGAUUUGUCAAAUGUUUCACAUUUUCUAGUUUGAGAGAAAAGAAGCACCUUCAGCUUUGUUCCCUGUAAUGACUUCUGUUACAGUUUACACGUCCACAUUAAGAUGCCAGAUGAGCAGGAAGUCAGAGACAAAGUUUCACUGAACGGCUUCAACAUCAUUUAAUAGAAGUCUUUUUCCUCCAGACUCUGAACCCGAGCUGAAGGUUCACUUUGAGACACUGCAGUUUGAGUGUGAAACAGAAGAGGACGUGUUUCUCCUUCCUGUUUCGUAAUUUUCUCUUCACAAAAACUGUGUGUUUACAACCGUCUGUUACGAAGAGGAAGAAUUAAAGUUAGUCUUUUUAUUGAUCAGUCCUGAUGACCUUUGGACGACCUUGACGCCUUAACACUGCCAUCUCACCUGCAGCUUGACACCUGGGUUUGUGAUUAACAUACUUUACAUAAUGCUCGUCUGUUUAUAUCCUCAGAGAUGAGUUGAUUCAAACUGUUGUUUUCAAACUGCAGAUAAACAAGAAUCACAGAAAAGAUUAUUGGUUUGGGUUGUGGAGGUUGAACAUUUGACACAUUUAAAGAUCUGAUGUUUGUUUCUUACAUUGUAAGUUCUGAUUGAUAUCCCAGGUCAGGUUGCGGUGGCAGCAGGUUCCUUUGCAACCUUUUCUAGCUCUUUCUGGGGGAUCUGAGGCAUCCCCAGACCAGCAGGCUCAAGGUCUACACCACCCACCUCCCAGUUGGACGUGUCCAGAAGUCCUCCAAAGGGAGGCGACCAGGAGCUCUGUAGCAAGUCUGAUGGAACACAAUUGAUGCACUCUUCAUUCCACGCUGUGAUUUUUAAUGUAACUUAAGAUGUUUUCAUGCUCUGCCUCUACCUGCGAUGUGAUGUGAUUGUGAUUUGAAGAUUUCUGAGCUUGUAAUGAAAGAUAAAUGUCUGUGCUAAUGGACAAUAAUGUCUUAUCUUAAGCUGCCCGUGGUUUUCUUCUAUCUAAUGGCGUGCGUCCUACCCAUGUACGUAUUGCAGAUUGGAUACAGCAUUGGAGGCGGAGCCUUGUUCCUUCCCAUAAAGCUGCUCAGUGGCGCAUGAAGCAAAGAAUAAUGUAAUCUUCUGGUUUAUAGACAUCUCUUUCCCAAUGUAAGCUUGUGGGAAAAAAUGAUUUUUGGGCCCAAUUUAACACAAGGCGCUGCAAUACCAGGUUCAGCCACCAUGUCAAAUUG